AUGUUAACCAUUCAAGAGGAAACAAACCCAGAUAAAGAAGUGCCUCAAUUUCCUCCUGUAAUACAAGUGCCCCCCCCGUUUUCCGAACAAUUGCAGAAUGUUUGGUUUACUGAUGCUUCCUCUAAACGAGAAGGAAAAACUUGGAAAUAUCGAGCUGUAGCACUCCGCGUGGAUGUGGAAAAACAAAUAAUCACCGAAGGGGAAGGUAGUGCUCAAGUAGGGGAAUUAGUUGCAGUAUGGAGUGUUUUCCAGCAUGAAGCCCAAUCUACCUCUCCUGUCUAUAUCUAUACUGAUUCCUAUGCUGUAUUUAAAGGCUGUACUGAAUGGCUUCCAUUCUGGGAACAAAAUGGGUGGGAGGUCAAUAGGAUACCUGGAUGGCAGAAAGAAAAGUGGCAAGAUAUUCUAACCAUCGCUAGACAAGGAAAAUUUGCAGUAGCCUGGGUGGCUUCCCAUCAACAGGAUAGCACCCCUGUUAGCCAGUGGAAUGGCAAAGCUGAUGAAUUGGCCCAAUUAGCUCUCCUCCAGAACACCCCAAUAGCAGAAGACUGGGAGUGA